ACAACAACCUGCACACACACCGGCCCUUUCUAGAUAAGAUUGGGCCAAGGGUUAGCAAGAGCGUUAACUCCGCGAGACUUUUAUCACCAAUCAAAAUGCAGCCUGUUGGUCACAUGACCAUUCAAACGCUGUUGUCCCAUAAUUUGAAAAUGAAAGCUUUUACCAUGUCGUAAGUUUACCUAAUGUAGGGUACUUUUGAUUGUUGAUUCGCUUGUCUAUUGAUCAAAGGCAAAAAUAAAAAACGUUACUCGCUAGCUAGCAAGCUACGUGAACUAACCUGAAAAGGGCGAAUUGUUUCUCCCAAUUAGCUAGCUAGCUAACUUUUCUUGCUGAUAGGCUCUACGAGUUGGAUAGCUGGCUCGCUAUUUUAAGAAGCACUGUGCCUUUCAUACACGUUUCAGGGCCUCAACUGUCUGCCCUUUGACCCAACGACCUUUCCUGGAAAAUCAGCUAUGGCUAAACAUGUCAAAAAUGAUUUUGUCACGUUGAGCGAGGAAAAGUUUGACUUUGAUCUUCCUAUGUCACCGGCAAGCGAGAACGGGGACGCGGAGGAUGAGGACGAGGUGUUCGUGGGCCCGGUGGGGCACAAGGAGAAGUGCAUUUCGGUGGGGCUGGAGAAGCACCGGCCGCAGCCUAGCGGGAGCGGUGGGCCUCUCAGCCUGGAGCUGGGCAGCUGGAGCCCCCUCUCCGGGGACAAGUUCGAGCAGAUCAUCCAGGAGGCCCACCUGCUGGCCCGGCAGAUCGGGGAGAACGGCGGCCAGGAGCCGGUCGCCGUGGAAACGGGGUCCGCGUCCGCCGUCACCGCGUCCGCCCCCGCGAGCGAAAGGCCGGAGCUCUUCGUUGAAGACCCCGAGGCCAAGCUGAGCGCCCUGGGGCGGGUGCCGGGCCCCGUGCCGGGCCCCGCCGUCAGUCCCAUGAAACGAGAGACCUACUGCGUCCAGGACAGCCCCUUAAAGCAGCUCCCGCCCGCCAUCCAGCAGCGCCUCCUGAAGGCCGGAGGACUGAACAGCCCCCGUCCGGCACGGGCCCCCAGCAAGACCGGCAGCCCGCUCCAAGCCCCCCAGCCCCGAGCGGCUCUCAGGGGCAAGAUGGGCCUCUCCGGGGGCCGGGGCCUGCUGCCCAACCGGCCGGCCGUUCCCGGGGUCAACCAGCGCUCCAAGGCCAAGCUGCCCCCUCCGGACACCAGCAGGCUCCAACCUCCAGAUAAGGGCGGAGCCCGGCAGAGGCGCGGCCCCUUGCACCGGCCCCUGAGCAGCGCUGGGUCCUCAGAGGACCUGCUCUCCGACGCCAGCAUGGACUCCCUCAACACCAGCCUGCCCGACAGGAGGCUCCGCCCGGGCCCCAGGAAGACGGGGCAGCCUCCCGCGAUGAAGGCCGGACCCAUGCUCAACCUGCGGACAGCAGACAAGAGGAACCACUCCUCCUCAUCCUCCUCCUCGGUGUCCAGCCUGAACUCCAGCCUGUCUGUGUCUCCCUCAGGAAAAGGUGUGUUCAACACCUCCCUGAGCUCUGUCGCGAGUAGCGCGCGGUUUAAGGCUCCCGUCGGCGUGGGCAGGCCUCCCGGGGCGACGCCGACGACCUCCUCCAAACCCGGGGCCGCCUCCGUACGCUGCAGGGCUGAGGGCGAAGAGGCGAAGAGGCCCCCGGAGACCGCCAUGUCCAACCCCGCCAAGAAGCGCAACCCCGCCCCCCCCAACCUCACGCCCGCCAAGAGACCCGCGCAAAGAGCCGGGUCUGUGCCCAACGUCUCCGCCCUCACCCCCGCCGCCGCCGCCAAGGGCGCCAAGCCCAAGCUCUUCGUCGCCCCGACCCCCAAGGGUCCGGCCGGGGGGCCGCGGAGGUCCGAGGUUCGUUCUCCUGAUAUGUCAAGGAUAAUGAAGCCAAAGAAACCCAUGUCUGUCAGCAGUUCUGAGAGCAUCUUGCCGAAAUCGGGGCUUGCGGCUCCAGAGGGCCUCCAGACCCCCACGGUCGUGGGGAAGUCCGAUUUGGCGCUCCCCAGACGCUCCCUGGCCGUCUCCACCCCGGUCAACAGGCGGGUAUCGGGGAUCCCCACGAUGGCCGCAAAGGGCAAGAGGUUGAGCCAGGCCUUUGAGGGACCGGGCUUGCCGGGGUCCGCCCGGAAGAUCAGCCAGGCAAGCCAGGCCUUGGAGGGACCGGGCUUGCCGGGGUCCGCCCGGAAGAUCAGCCAGGCGAGCCCCGUCCAGCUGAAGGUGAUCCAGCGGCCCGGCGGCCUGGGCCCCAAAGCCUUCCCCAGAGAGGAGGCCUCCUGUGGGGCUACGUUCCAGCCCAGGUCCCUGGCCUUCAGCGUGGAGGAUGAGCCUGGGCUGAGCACCGUCCCCAGCACACCUGAGCCGCACCCCGCUGGUCACUGUGUCCCUGACCAGGGCACGGAGAACCGCGACACCCCUGAAUCCAGCGUAGAGAGGCAGGACGGCCCUGAAUCCAGCUUGGAGAAUCGGAAGACGACUGAAUCCAGCAUAGAGAGGCAGGACGGCCCUGAAUCUAGCUUGGAGAAUCAGAAGACUACUGAAUCCAGUGUAGAGGGGCAGGACGGCCCCGAAUCUAGCUUGGAGAAUCAGAAGACCACUGAAUCCAGUGUAGAGGGGCAGGACGGCCCCGAAUCUAGCUUGGAGAAUCAGAAGACUACUGAAUCCAGUGUAGAGGGGCAGGACGGCCCCGAAUCUAGCUUGGAGAAUCGGAAGACGACUGAAUCCAGUGUAGAGAGUCGGAAGACGACUGAAUCCAGCGUGCAGAGUCAUCAGACUUCUGAAUCCAGCAUGGAGGGUCAUAUGUCUCCUGAAUCCAGCAUGGAGAUCCAGCAUGGAUACUCCCCAGCAUCCUGCACUGAGAAUCGGAACGCCCUGGAAUCCGGCAAAGAGAACGAGAAUUCCAGCUCUCAGCAACCGGGCCGGAGGUCACAGACCGACGCAAUGAAGACUCCGGAAGGCCAGGAGGUUCUGCUGGUGGACGCUCCAGUCCUCGUCUUGAAGCCUGAGGAGAAGCUUCUCAUCGACCUGCUGAACACGCCCGACCUGAUCAAAACCGCGCCCAUGAAGCCCUCCGGGGGACAGUUGAUAGACCUCAGCUCUCCCCUCAUAACCUGGAGUCCUGUUGACAAGACCGAGAACUGCGUGGAUCCUGCUCCCCUCAUCAAUCUGUCGUUUUAGCGUCCCGUUUCCUCAGUCUUCCGUCUGUCCUAUGACCUUAUGUGUGUGGUACUUUUAUGUUGAUUACAAAAUUAAGGGUUAAAGUACUGAUGUCUCCUUGAAAAAUGUGAUUUCUUUUCACAGAAUUUUCUUUUUCUUUUCUUGCUGUACUGUUAUUGGUUGGUUCUGUUAGUCUGUCAUUUUUUAAAUGUCACUGAGAAUGAGAAAUUAAUGUGUAAUAAAGAAGAAAUAAAGGUCUCA